UUCUUAUUAGCCUAUCGAUCAGCAGUCCAUGAAUCCACUGGCAAAUCUCCGGCAGAAAUCUUAUUUGGGAGGGAAUUGCGACUUCCCAUUGAUCUACUCACAGGAAGACCGGAAGAUUUACAAAUUGGCGAAGAUUAUGGACUCAAGCUAGCAGAACAACUGAAACUUGUACACGAUGAGGUCAGAACAAAAUUGAAGAUCGAAUCUGAUCGAAUGAAGAGCCGAUAUGACGCCAGACCGAAUCACGUCGGAUUUAGCGAAGGUGAACGAGUUUGGUUUUUCAAUCCCCGACGGACAAAAGGCCGUUGUCCAAAGCUUCAAAACUCCUGGGAGGGACCCUAUACGAUAAUCACCAGACUCAACGAUGUCACAUAUCGAAUCCAGAAGAGCCCUCAGGCAGAAUUUAAAGUUGUCCACAUUCACCGUUUGGCCAGAUAUAACGAUGAUCCAGGAGUUACUUAAUCGGGGCGAUCAGGGUUUAGGAA